UCCUUCCAAGAUGCAAACACUCAGCUGAUAGUUGGGAAGUAAAAUGUACCUACUUCGAAGCCAUUAAGAUUACGUGGUUCGAUGAAGGUUCAGUCUAGUGGUUGCUCUCGGUCGAAACUAAAGUUGGAAUGGAAAAAUGGUGCAUACUGGCUGCAGUGCUGAGCGUGUUUGUGUUUAUCAAAGACUUUAAACCGAGCGACCCUUUUGUUGUUCAGUUUCUUAGCGGUCCCUGGCACAACAUUUCGACACAAGUGAUCAAUCGGAACAUUUUCCCAGUUGGAACCUAUUCCUUUGGAAUACAGCUGGUUAUCACGUUUCUUGUAACGGAUUACCUUCGCUACAAACCGCUGAUCGUGCUAUCCGGAGUAGCCGGAGUCGUUCACUGGACGUUGUUUAUUUGGACUAACCAACUCAGGUGGCUGCAAGUGGCCGAAGUGCUCUACGGGACGUUCAAGGCAGCUGAUAUCGCCUUUUGGUCGUACAUUUAUGCCCGGGUGGACAAAAGCUAUUAUCGGAGGAUCACUUGCUACACGAAAUCCGCCUCGUUUUUCGGAAAGUUUGCCGCAGCCAUUGGAUCGCAGGCCUUGCUGAUCUACGGGGUGGUAGACUUGUUGGAUCUAAACUAUGUAUCACUGGCUGUACAAAUAUGCACUACCGGGAUUGCGGUGUUUCUACCCCGCGCACCGGAAAGUGUCUAUUUUAACAAGAAACAAACACCAGAGGCUAUCGGAAACGAAGUGAAGGAUGCUAACACGAAGAAACUUCCAACGGCAUCGGAUAGCUUGAGAGAAUUGUCCUUACCGGAGCUGCUAUGGUUGCACGUUAAAUCGGCUUACAGUAAUUACAUCGUUCUACGCUACAGCAUCUGGCAAGCACUGGCCAGCUGCAUCUACUAUCAAACACAGCUAUACGCGCAGAUUCUGUGGAGUUCGAUCGCCACCUCAGAACCUGCGACUGAAGUUUACUGGAACGGAGCAGUGGACGCGUUGCAGACAGUCAGCUCUGCUGUCAUUAUUUUCUUCGCUGGAUUCAUUCCGGCGCAAGCGUUGCAAACUCACUUCACUUUGGCAGGGCUUGGAUGGAUUUCGUUCGCUCAAGCUGGAGCUCUGCUGGUUAUUUCUAGCACCGGAAGCUUGUGGUUUGCCUACGGGGGUCACAUACUGUACAGCGUGUUGCAUUCGUUUGCUGUAACGUUGCUGAGUGCGGAGAUAGCGAGGAAUAUCUGCGCUGACAGUUUCGGGUUAGUGUUUGGGAUUAAUGCUAGCGUCACUUCGGUGCUGCAGAUUCUGGUUACCGUAGUGGUGGUGGAUGGCGUUGGCCUAAUUAAAACCUCCGUUGCGGAUCAAGUUUUCAUCUACAGCUGUGUGAGUGCAACUAUGGGCGCAUUGUUCUGGGUGUUUGCGCUGGCGGAUCUUGAAAUGUGGUGGAAGCAGCCUAUACGGUUGUUGAGGAAUAGAAUACUUAUCAACAUAGGAAAGCCAAAAACCGAUGAUCUGGAGAUUAUAUAGAACUAUUAUGUAAUGAACAGAAUCAUACGAAUCGUGCUAUUAUUGUGAUGAAAUAAAUUUAUAAGUAUCAUUUAAAGUCAGGGAUAUACUGCCUUCCAAAUGUUAAAAUCAAUAAUACAAUUAUUUAAUGUUAA